GCCGCUCUACAAGGCAAUUGACAAUUCCCCUCAUUUUAGAGUUGCCGUUUCACCGCCUUCUUCUGCAGCCAUGCAGAUCUUCGUCAAAACCCUAACCGGCAAGACCAUAACUCUAGAGGUUGAGUCCUCCGACACCAUUGACAAUGUGAAGGCGAAGAUCCAGGACAAAGAAGGUAUCCCUCCGGACCAACAACGUCUCAUAUUCGCCGGCAAGCAGCUUGAAGACGGCCGAACCCUAGCUGACUACAACAUUCAGAAGGAAUCGACUCUCCACCUGGUCCUCCGCCUUCGUGGAGGCGCCAAAAAGAGAAAGAAGAAAACCUACACCAAACCAAAGAAGAUCAAGCACAAGAAGAAGAAGGUUAAGCUCGCGGUGUUGCAAUUCUACAAGGUGGAUGAUUCUGGAAAGGUUCAGAGGCUGAGGAAGGAGUGUCCGAACGCCGAAUGUGGAGCCGGGACCUUCAUGGCUAACCACUUUGACAGGCACUACUGUGGAAAGUGCGGUCUCACUUAUGUUUACCAGAAGGCUGGUGGUGAUUAAUUAGGUUGUUCUACCCUUUUUUUGAUGUUAUUAUGAGUAAAAUUAUGAUGGAUUUUGUGCUUUAUGAGUUCCGUAUUAUAGGGUUUUGUUAUUAUUCCCUAAUCUUUUUUAUACUGGAUGUUGGAGCGUUUUGCUUCUAAUGGUUCUCUAUAAUGAUUGGUGAAACUCGGAUGUUUUAUUUA